AAGAGUGUAAUGGUUACUAUGGGUUUAGUUGGUCUGCUUUGCAGACUAAUUGAAGACGAGUUGGACAGAGAAGAGCAAUUUUCGAUGUGCUAGAAUGGGAUGGAGAAUGAACUGGCAGUAUACAAGUUAAUUGAGAUGCUGGUGUUGGUUGCAGCCGUGGUGGAACUGCUGGUCAGUUUAGGAAGAGAGCUGUUCUAUCAAGUCAAAUGCAGGUAACUGAUUUCAGCUAGAAGACCAAAUGAAGAGAUGAAUAUGGUUUGGUUCAGGUCUUUUUGGCAUGAAGAUAGGACUAACAGUGUUGAGCUAGAAGUCAGAGAACAAGUCACAGCAGUUGUGUAUAAAGGAGGACAACAAUCAACAAAGAAGGGGAGUAAGAUAGCUCUAAAGACUUGGCGACAUUAGGAGCUGCUACGGGUGCAGGGAACAAGUGUUGUUGCUUCAGCUGUGAUUAGGCUGAAAUAUUGCCGAAAUCACAGCCAUUUGGGUAACAUUGUAUCUGUUUCUUGUUUCUUUUGUGUAUGCAAUAUUCUAGGUCUGAUCAUUUUAAUCGACUGCGUAACUAUCACCGUUUAGCUAAUAGGGUAUUAGUGAAUCACCCUAGUCAUCCAAUGGCAGGUGAAGCUGAGAGAUUAGCGGCUGAGGCUGAAGCUGCUAGAAUAGCUGCUGAGGCCGCAGCCAAUGCUGAUGCACCUAGAACCCUUGGGGAUUAUUUGCAGCCGGAAAGGACUUCUACACCUUCUUGUAUAGUUCUUCCGGCUAAUGCUGGCAAUGUGUCGAUUAAGUAUGGGCAGAUGCAAGCACUGCCUAAGUUUCAUGGAUUGGACUCCGAGAGUCCAUACAUACAUUUGAAAGAAUUUGAUGAGGUCUGUACUACUAUGCCUUUUGUUGCUGCAACUCAAGAUGUUGUAAAACUGAAAUUGUUUCCAUUUUCUCUCAAGGAGAAAGCUAAGACUUGGCUGCAUUCUUUGCGACCAAAUACCAUUAGGACAUGGAAUGAAAUGACUAGAGAGUUUAUGAAAAAGUUUUUUCCUAUUCAUAAAACCAUCACUCUUCGCAAAAAUAUUAUGAAUUUUUCUCAAAAUGAACAUGAGUCUUCUGGUAUGCGUCAGUUUGUUGAAAUGAUGUGUAAUGGGCAAUUUCUGAAUAAGUCACCUGAUGAUGCUUGGAGUUAUUUCGAUUCGCUAGCUGAAAAUGCCCAAAAUUGGGACACUUCAGGCACAGCGGAUAGAAAUAAGUCCAAACCCUUGGCUAGCUCUAGGCCUGGAAUGUAUGUGCUGAGUGAGGAAGAUGAUUUGAAUGCUAAAAUUGCUAGCUUGCAUAGGAAAGUUGAUGCUAUUCAGAAACCAAAUGUAGUUAAGGUAGCUGACUCGGUAGAACAUGCUUGUGGUAUUUGCGAAAGUCUGGAACACUACACUAAGGAUUGUCCUACGAUCCCAGCAUUUCAAGAAGUGUUACAUGACCAAGCAAAUGCCAUGAAUACAUACAAAAGACCUUUUAGCUCACCUUAUUCAGAAACAUAUAAUCCUAAUUGGCGAAAUCACCCUAAUUUCAGUUGGAGAAAUGGUCCUACUAUGAAUGAUGUUAAUGUUCCCCAGGGGUCUUCAUCUAGUAACCCUUAUGUGCCACCUUAUAAGAAUAAUCUUGAGGAUACUUUACAAACUUUUAUGCAGGGACAGACACAGAUAAAUCAGAAUGUUAUGAAGACUUUAGAUGAGCUGAAAACUAGCAUAGUUAGAAUUGAAUCACGUCUUAAUGUUAGGGAGAAAGGGACAUUGCCUGCCCAAACUCAACCUAACCCCAAAGGCACAUUUGAAGUUAAAAAUUCUAACUUGGAGCAAGCUAAUGUUGUCACCACUCUUAGAAGUGGUAAGGUGAUUGAGACUCCGAUGAAGGUGAACGAACCUGAGAAGUCUCUGGAGCUUAAGAGUAGUAAUGACCACAGUGAUACUCAAAAUGAACAUUCUGAAAUUGAUAGAAAGAUGCAUGCUCCAUUUCCUCAUCGUUUAUUGUCUACUAAACAGUUGGCUGAUAAUAAGGAUAUCCUUGAUGUUUUUCAGCAGGUGAAGAUCAACAUACCUCUCUUGAGCGUGAUUAAGCAAGUUCCAGCUUACGCCGAGUUCUUGAAGGAUCUCUGCACGGUCAAGAGGAAGCACAAUGUGCAGAAGAAGGCAUUUCUCACGGAACAGGUAAGUUCUAUUCUUCAACACAACACUCCUCCCAAAUAUAAAGAUCCGGGAUGCACUACUAUUUCUUGUAUAAUAGGGGAUUUCAUGAUCAAACAAGCACUUCUGGAUUUGGGAGCUAGUGUAAACCUCCUACCUUUCUCGGUUUAUGAGCAGUUGGGUUUAGGUGAAUUAAAAUCCACCUCAGUCACUCUACAACUUGCGGACAGAUCCGUUAAAGUACCGAGAGGGGUAGUUGAGAAUGUGCUAAUUCAAAUCGAUAGAUUUUACUAUCCGGUGGAUUUUAUCGUUAUGGAUACUCAACCUGUAGCUAAUGCUAGUAAAGAAAUACCUGUCAUCUUAGGUCGUCCUUUUCUUGCAACUGCAAAUGCCUUGAUUAAUUGUCGAACUGGAAUAAUGAACCUUUCAUUUGGAAAUAUGACUGUUGAGUUGAACAUAUUUGAUGCAUGUAAAGAUCCAGGUGGUAGAGAUGAUACUCAUGAAGUUAAUAUGAUUGAAACAUGUGUGCAGGAAAAAGCAUCUCAUCUAGAAGCAAAAGUUCCUUUAGAAGCUUGUCUUCCUAAUCUGUUGGAUUUCGAUGAGGAUGGAUACAUUGAAGAAGUUAAUUCUUCACUGAAUUCAUCCCUGUUGCUGGAUAUGGAUAAGUGGCAGUCUAGAUUUGAGUCAUUUCAAAUCAGUGAGACCGAGCCAUUGUCUCCAUCUGUGGAAUUCCCAAAGCCCGACCUUAAUCCCUUUACUAGUGAAUUGAAUUUUGAUGUUUUAGGCCAAAAUGAAGAUGUUCAAGUUUUCAUACCAUCUGAACUUAAUGAGAGACAUAAGACAAUGCAUUCACAUGUUGUUAGGAAGCAUAUAAGUGCCCCAGAAUGGAGUAUUGCAGACAUGAAAGGACUUGAUCCUAGUAUUUGCGCACAUAGGAAGUCACAGCUCAAUGAGCUUCAUGAGAUAAGAAAUGAGGGUGAUACAGAUUGCAAAUGUAAAAUAAUUUUUUUUCUUGAUAAGCGUGCUAUUAGGGAAAUAGUUGAACCAGUUCUUUGCUACAAUUCUGGUUUGCAUUUGUUUUCUGAUAAGCUCAAGUCACGAUGGAAAGACCCUUUUAUUGUUAAAAAUGAAUUUCGUGAUGGUACUGUUGACAUUCAAAAUCCUAAUGACAGCAACAUCUUCAAGGUUUUGUGCAGCUUUUGAAUCCAUUUUUGGCACUCGUGAAUCCAGAAGUCGAUACCACGACUCUGGAGGAUCCUUCUUAUGAUUGAUUGGCUGUGUUUUGCAGAUGUCUGGCUGGAGACAUAAAAUUCAGCGCUUUAGGGAGACAACCCUCUUCUGAUGUGUUUGUGGGUAUCACAGCUGGAAGCCCUCACGAGACAGACUCGUCCUCUUGUGCGAGUUUGAGGUUUAAAGGCUUGUUGCAUGGGCUAAAUGCAACCGAACUGACCUGCGACAGUGGUAAAGUAAUUUUAUUUUUCUUUCUUUUCUUUAUCAUGAAUAAUAUGUUUGUGUUUGGCUGAUUACCCCUUUCCACCUUUGAACUGUUUUUAACGACUGCCACAUUGAGGACAAUGUAGAAAUUAGGUUGGGGGUGGGGUAAAUUAAAUAGUUUCCCAGGUCUACAUAUUCAGGUUUCAUUGUUUCAUUUUUGCUUGUACAUUUUAAUCCAAAAAAAAAAAAAAAAAAGAAUGAAGUGAAAAUCUUACAUGAUAAGAUCAGCUGUUUAGCGGUCUCUCUACACCACUGUUUAGUGGUUUUGUCUAGCUGUUUAGCAGACAUUUUUAAUCCAGCUGUUUAGCGGAUUUGUCUAGCUGUUUAGCAGACACCCUUAAUCCAGCUGUUUAGCGGAUUUGUCUUGCUGUUUAGAAGACAUUGCUCAAUCAUUGUUUAGUGGUUCCGUCUAGCUGUUUAGCAGACGUCUCUCCAUAUCCAGCUGUGUAGCGGAUAUAAUUUUCUUGUUUUGCUCGGGACUAGCAAAAUGUAAGUGUGGGGGAGUUUGAUAAGCACGUAUGUGCUACAAUCUUUACACCCAUCUUUACACUAGCUAGGUCUCGUUUAUUGGCUAAUAAUACUGUUUUAAGUCAUUUACAGGAAUUACAAGAAAAUCCGACUACCGGAAGAAGAAACAGCUAAAGUAGAAGUUUAAUUGACUUAUGCGACUAUAAGUACUCAUUGUUCUCAGGGCACUACAAAAACUAAGUAUGGGCUGCCAAUGUUUGUCACAUCUACCACACAAGUUCACGGCCUGGGGAGUCUAGUGGAUUUGUUUGUGCACUCAAGCGUCUUACGCAUGUGAAAGCCACUAAUGAGUUAGAAAACCAAGUGGAGGACGUGUUAUCUUCUCCAUCACAUCUUGUCUGUGGUAUUUUCCACUAUCUCGUUUCUUAUCAGAACCAAAUGGAAUUUCAUUUUUUUUAUUCAAGCUCAAGCUGGUUGUGUUGGUAUGAAAACAAAGAGAGGAUCUGUGCUCAAGAUAAACAAGAAAUGAAUCACAACAGAUAAGAAGAAUGGGUGCUGAUUUGAUUUGGUGUUGAAUUCAAGUUGGGGUCUUAUGGGUGAUUUUUGUGUUCACAAAUCGAACAGAAUUUGGGGGUUUUGUUUAUCAACUGAAAUUGAGAGAUUUGUCUCAACAAAUCAAGCAGUGGGAGAAGAGAUGAGGUCAACAGCUACGGUUCUCUAUUGUAUAUUGGUUGAUUGAGGGAAUGGUGGUCUCUCUAAUUCCAUACAACAACCAUGUCACAACAGCCGAUCUGGGAGUUCAUUCCAUGAGCUCGAUCGAUGGAUUUUGGAGGUUUGUUCGGUGCCAAUUCGGUGUAAUUGAGGAAUGGAUUUGGGGUUCUCAUCUGAAGAAUAAAUUGGGUGUUGAUUACAGUGUCAAUUACUGAGAUUUGAAAUGUGAAUGAAGAUGGAAUCAAGCUUCAGAUCUUAUUGCUGGUGCAUCACAGAUAUCUAGCCGGUGGGUUAAUUUCAAUUGAAAUAAUUGGUACCAUCUUUGUUUACCGAUUUCAGUCGAAGUUGGUGGGUGUAUGCAAAUCUGCAGAUGUGAAUGGACACAAACGUAAAUGGAGAUGGAAUUUUGGGAUUUCGGCUGUGAACAAGGUUGGAUUCACAUUCAGUUUGGUAUGCAUACAAGGAGUAAGUGGAUUUGCAGAUGCAAAUGGAGAUGGUUGAGACUUGUAUCAACCUGUGAUUUGAAUUCCCAGUGAAGGUGUGGUCAUGGAGGCUGUUGUGGAUCUGCAUAUGUGAAUGGAAAUGGAGCUUCGUAUCCAAUGGUGAUUUUACAGCAAGAGUGUAAUGGUUACUAUGGGUUUAGUUGGUCUGCUUUGCAGACUAAUUGAAGACGAGUUGGACAGAGAAGAGCAAUUUUCGAUGUGCUAGAAUGGGAUGGAGAAUGAACUGGCAGUAUACAAGUUAAUUGAGAUGCUGGUGUUGGUUGCAGCCGUGGUGGAACUGCUGGUCAGUUUAGGAAGAGAGCUGUUCUAUCAAGUCAAAUGCAGGUAACUGAUUUCAGCUAUCUUUAGGCAGAAACUGGAGGAAGACCAAAUGAAGAGAUGAAUAUGGUUUGGUUCAGGUCUUUUUGGCAUGAAGAUAGGACUAACAGUGUUGAGCUAGAAGUCAGAGAACAAGUCACAGCAGUUGUGUAUAAAGGAGGACAAUAAUCAACAAAGAAGGGUACGACUGAAUACUGCAAUCUGAGUUCUCUUUUGCUUACUAUUUUUAAUUCAGUUCUUUUUUGUUCUCUUGGGUGUUAGAGUUUUUGAUUCAAUACUUUUAAUGGCUAUCUACACAACAAUGAGAAGCUAAACCCCUCUCUGCCAAGACAAGAGGGGAAGCUUAAUGGUUCAAUGUUCUUAAGUUAUCAUCAAUAAAUCAUUUUAAUGCUUA